AUGUUAUUUGUGGGAGCGACCGACACCCCCCUUAUACUUCACCCACUUGUGUUGCGCUUCUGGAGUCAGCUGACCCAAUAUAUGCAAAUGGGGCCGCCAGCUUGCUCCUGAUUGGCUGCCCGCGCCUGAUUUAAGUGCUGUCAGUGCGCGCGUCACAUGGCCGCCGCUGCAAGCAACUUGUCAACUCCGAGUGGCUCCAGUGUGCAUUCUGUCACAGCGGAUGUGGCAGGCAGGCAGCAGGGCGACGGCUUGGAGAGCCCUUGUGGGAAUAUUGCUUAUGCUUUGGCGCGCUUUAAAGACUCUUGCAGCCAAUCUGGUAACCCACUUGUUUUGAAUUUGCUUUUUCUCGCUGCUGAAGUUUUUCCAAACGCCGCUCGAAUGUAUAGCAUGAUGAUGGAGACCGACCUCCACUCCCCCGGCCCCCAAACCAACACGGCCGGGGGGCAAACGGGGCCCAACGCGGGCUCCAAGGCGAGCCAGGAGCGGGUGAAGAGGCCCAUGAACGCAUUCAUGGUGUGGUCCCGCGGUCAGCGUAGGAAGAUGGCGCAGGAGAACCCCAAAAUGCACAACUCCGAGAUCAGCAAGAGACUGGGGGCCGAGUGGAAGGUGAUGUCCGAGGCGGAGAAGCGGCCCUUCAUCGACGAGGCCAAAAGGCUGCGGGCCAUGCACAUGAAGGAGCACCCGGAUUACAAGUACCGGCCCAGGCGGAAGACCAAGACGCUCCUCAAGAAGGACAAGUACUCGCUGGCCGGCGGUCUUCUCUCCGGAGCCGGCGGCGCAGGAGUGGGUUUGGGGGUCGCCAUGGGGUCCUCCUCAGCGGCCCAGAGGCUGGAGAGCCCGGGUGCGUCCCACGGAGGAUCCGCGGGUUCCGGCUACGCGCACAUGAACGGCUGGGCCAACGGCGCCUACCCGGGCCAGGUGGCUGCUGCCGCGGCGGCCGCUGCCAUGAUGCAGGAGGCGCACCUCGCCUUCAGCCAGCACCCGGGCGGGGGCGCGCACCACCUCAACCACCACGCGCACCACCACGCGCACCCGCACGCCCACCACGCGCACCACCAUCACCACCACGCGCACAACCCGCAACCCGUGCACCGCUAUGACAUGAGCUCGCUCCAGUACAGCCCCAUCUCGAACUCGCAGAGCUACAUGAGCGCCUCCCCGUCCGGUUACGGCGCCCUCAGCUACACGCAGCACCAAGGCUCCGGCGUGUCUUCUUCUUCCUCGUCCUCCUCCUCUUCGUCGUCCUCCUCCGCCGCCGCCGCAGCCGCCGCCGCCGCCGCCGCUGCCUCCUCCUCCAUGGGUACACUUGGCACGCUGGGCUCGCUUGUCAAAUCCGAACCCAGCGUCAGCCCGCCGGUCAGCGGAGGCCCCCACGCGCGGGGCCCCUGUCCCGGUGACUUAAGGGAGAUGAUAAGCAUGUACUUGCCCACUGGGGAGCCGGCGGACCCCGCCAUGCAGAGCCGGCUGCACGCUUUGCCGGCGCAUUACCAGAGCGCCGCGGCCGGGGUAAACGGGACGGUCCCGCUCACACACAUCUAA